UGGGUUUGAGGAUGAACUAUGACAUUACAGAUAAAUGUCACAGCAGGAGUCAGGGCCGUGAUUGGAAAACCAGCCACCAGGAAUGGUAUUUAUUCAGAGUUCCCAGCACAGCACACACAGCAUUCUGGGUAGAGGUGAAGGUCAGAGUUAGAAAGAAACUUCCAAAGCAAGCUUCCCAAGGAAAAUGGGCACCAGGGGAAAAGUUAUUACAUGCAAGGCAGCCAUUGCCUGGGAAACUGGCCGCCCCCUUUGCAUUGAAGAAAUUGAAGUGUCUCCUCCAAGGGCUCAUGAAGUUCGAAUUCAGGUAAUCGCCAUGUGUGUGUGCCCAACUGACAUCAGCGCUACCAAUCCUAAGAAGAAAGCUCUCUUCCCGGUAGUCCUUGGCCAUGAGUGUGCAGGAAUUGUAGAAAGCGUGGGGCCAGGAGUAACCAACUUCAAACCAGGUGACAGAAUAAUCCCAUUCUUUGCACCACAGUGUAAAAAAUGCAAGUUCUGUGUGAGUCCUCUCACAAACCUCUGUGGGAAACUCCGAAACUUUAAAUACCCCACUAUUGAUCAAGAGCUCAUGGAAGACAGAACCAGCAGGUUUACCUGUAAAGGGAAACCAAUUUACCACUUCAUGGGAGUCAGCUCAUUCUCUCAGUACACUGUGGUUUCCGAAGCCAAUCUUGCCAGAGUCAACGAUGAGGCAAACUUGGAGAGAGUUUGUCUGAUUGGCUGUGGGUUCUCAUCAGGCUAUGGGGCGGCCAUCAACUCUGCCAAGGUCACCCCUGGUUCCACCUGCGCUGUCUUUGGCCUGGGGUGUGUAGGUCUCUCUGCUAUAAUUGGCUGUAAAAUAGCGGGCGCUGCCAGGAUCAUAGCUAUUGACAUCAACAGUGAGAAGUUUCCAAAAGCCAAGGCCCUGGGAGCCACCGACUGCCUUAAUCCCAGAGACCUGGAUAAACCUGUCCAGGAUGUCAUCACUGAACUAACCAAUGGCGGUGUGGAUUUCUCCCUUGACUGUGCAGGAACAGCCGAGACCAUGAAAGCAGCUGUGGACUGCACAAUAAUUGGCUGGGGAUCAUGCACUGUGGUUGGAGCCAAGGCUGACGAAAUGCAGAUAUCCACUGCGGAUGUUAUAAUGGGCCGAUCUAUAAAUGGAACGUUCUUUGGUGGUUGGAAAAGUGUAGAUUCUGUCCCAAACCUGGUUAUUGACUACAAGAAUAAGAAAUUUGAUCUGGACUUAUUGGUGACCCAUACCCUACCUUUUGACAAAAUCAAUGAAGCAAUUGACCUGAUGAACCAAGGAAAAAGCAUCCGAACAGUCCUGACCUUUUGAAGAUGCCAAGAGCAGUUUGGAAUAUUAUCUAAUUGGAUCCAAGCCUGUAUGGUUAACUUAUUACUUCACACAAUGAGCCAAAGAAAACUAUGCAUUUAAGCAUGCAUUUACACUUCGUAAUAAUAUAAGUUAGCUAUAAAGUAUAUAUAUA